AUGUCGCCUAAUCGGCUCACCUCUUGCGCGGCUGAUACCGAGCUGGUCAGCGACAUUUAUGUAACCGUCGGAGCCUAUGGUGCUCUUGUUCUUAACCUUCUUGACAGUGUCAUCGUCGCCUUGCCAGGGCGUACGGCACAUAGGACAAGGAGGAACCUGACCCCCGGUACUCUUGCGCUUGGUAGUAGCCCACAUCUCGAAGCAUUCCGUAUGUAUAUUCUGGCCGCAAGUCGCACGGCAAUAAACGGUAUCUUCGGCACCUUCAAAGGGCAUGAAGCAAAUCGGGCAGUCGCCUUCAAGGGGUUUUCGGUUCUUAUCAUACGUUUCUGCACCGGGUUGGUGUUCUGGCUCGAUAGGAGGGGCGUUCCCGAAGAUUUCCUGCAGUUUGGUAGACAGCAGGGCAAGUUGAUAAACGAGGUCGAAGCGCGCACGAAGAACUCUUGA